UCGAUAAUCUGGCUCUGGUCUGACGAACUAGGAUACCCGACGCAGACACGCCGAAACUGCUGGCUGGUGAGAAAAGCAUCGAGAGAUAUUAUACAUAGCGUCUCAUUUAUAUGUUAGAUCGGAUAGCGAAGAAGAUGUUUGCUAUCACAAUUAAAAAUAGAAACCUCACGCGGAUUAACCAUGAAAUGAUGUAAAGUUUUCAGCAUCUAGAGAACCAUACUCAUACAUACUGUUGCUUUGGAAGCAGAUGAUAUAUUUGACUGUCAUCUCGUAAAAUCUGCCAAGCUGGGGUGUGGAAAGUCAAAGACGGACUCACCUGUCCACAAUAGCUACAGUUCCACAUCCAAAAACAAGAUGGUUGACAAAUCUGAAAGCUCCCUGCUUUUCCCAGCACCUAUUUCCCCACAGAUAGUCUCUUCUGGCACCGAAUCGAUCCCGUCUCGACAAAAAGUGGCAUUAAAGCCAGGAAGAUCAUUGAUGGAUUGGAUACGCUUGGGCCGCAGUGGGCAAGAUUUGACAGGUGUGGGUGGCCAUACUUUAAAUGUGACUUCAGCGGAGCUGGCCAAACAUAAUACUCCAGAGGAUGCUUGGAUUGCAAUAAGAGGAAAAAUUUACAACAUAUCUCCAUAUCUUGAGUAUCACCCAGGGGGACAAGAAGAAUUGAUGAGGGGUGCAGGAAUUGAUGGAACACAGUUGUUUGAUGAGAUUCACAAAUGGGUAAACGCCGAGUCCAUGCUGGAGAAGUGCUACGUGGGCAAGCUCAUGACAGACCUCCCCACCAGAAAAGGAAGUGGUGUGUCCAGAUCCAGCAAAUCAUCCAAAGGCAGCACCAGCUCAAACAGCUUAACGCCAAGUGGGAUCAUAAGCAAGGCACCUCCAACAUUUUCUCAAGCCACUUCACCACAGAUCCCAGUAUAUGAUUGGUUCCAGAAUAGUAGAGCAGUUACAUUAUCUGUCUACACUCGGUGGAAGAAUAUUCAACCUGAGCAUAUUACUGUAGACAAGGCAGACAGAGACCUCUUGCUAACUGUAGUGAUAGACAUGUUUAUUUAUACAGUUCACUUAGAACUGGAAGAGGAUGUUACCACAGAUUAUGUUGUUAAAGUCCACACUGAGUCUGGCAAAGUAGAGGUGACUUUACCCAAAUGUAAACCAGAAUAUACAUGGAAGACACUUGGGAAAUCAUUGCCUGGUGACAAGUCAUUUUUAAAAGCAUCAGAGACAGAAACAGUAUUUCGGGAAGGGGAAGUGGUCUCAGUCAGACAGGUGACGCAUGAUACUAAACUCUUGUGUAUUGCACCACCACAUGGCUCUCGUGUCUGCGUUCCCAUAGGACAUCAUAUACAUAUUAAGCAUACAGUUCAGGAUAUGGAAAUUACACGAAGCUACACCAGCGUUCUGCCUUCACUAAUUCAAAACAACCAAGACCCACGCAUAGACCAAGGAACAGCAGUCUAUUUAUUAAUCAAGAUCUAUCCUAAUGGAGCACUUACACCUUGGAUUGAUACGUUACAGCCAGGCAACAAAAUACAUUUUAGUGGAAGCACUGGCACAUUUGAUUUGUCACAGUUGGCAGGGGUUACACAUCUCUUCCUCUUUGCCGCUGGCACUGGCUUUACUCCAAUGAUGCGCAUCAUCUAUCACACUGUUGUUACAUCAGAAGAGAGCUCAAAAAUGCAAGUGCAUCUCAUGUUUUACAACAAAAAAGAACAGGACAUUUUCUGGAGACAUGAAUUGGACAUUCUUGCCAGUACUUCCAGCAGGUUCCAGGUGACAUAUGUCUUGUCAGAAGCUACGGAAAACUGGACAGGACUUCGGGGACAAAUAUGCAUGGCUCACUUAGCAGAUAAAAUACCAGUCAUCGAGGACAGCAUCAAACCUCUAGUCUGUGCUUGUGGACCUAGACCCUUCACUGAGCUUGUUAUGAGAUUGGCAAAAAGUCAUGGUUUGCAAGAUACAAACCUUCAUGCAUUUUUGGGGUGAAAAGAAGUCUUGGAAGCUCUACACCUUGUGGAACUCAUCUCACAUCCUGUCUUUUUUUUUUUUUUUAAAUCAGGGAGGAGACACUCAGCUCCCUAACUUCACCUCCCCGCUCAUCCCAGUUCAGACCUCUUACCCACUUACUCAUCUUUAAACUGCAGUUUUCAGUAUUCAGGAAUGUACAUAGUUUAAUUUAUCAGAAAUAACUUAAUCAGCUAAGCCAGCUUUGUAAGGGAUUUUGGGUGGUGGGAGGCAGGAGGAACCCAACACCCAUGAUGCAAUGAAAAAAGAGAAAGCAUACUCGGAAGAAAAAAAAAAUUAAAGCAUACACAUUUGAUGCAAAACACCACAAUAACUAGUGAAAUGGUGUAGAAGCAGUUACCAUAAAUCUUGAUGUGGCUUUCACAUGAUAAAAAACUAGAAUCAUGAAUAUAAAAUUGAUCUCCAUCUUACAUCAAAAACAGCUUCAGAUUCAUAUUUAUGGCUAAUUAGACACCAAUACACUUCUAAUGUAAAUGUCAUCAUUAAAGUAACUGUAUACACUCAGUAAAGGGAUGGAAGAAUGCAUUGAAUGUCAUAUGUAUCACAUCUAAGACUAAACAGCUUGCAUAGAGAUAAUAAUGGGUAUUGACUGCUUCUGGUGAAAGUUUGCUACGGAAUCCUCACAACUUUUGGGGAAAGAAUUCCAAUUUCUAUAUCAACAGAAAGAAAACAAAAAUCAUCUUAAACCGAUUUAAAAUAUUGAUUAAAAAUUUCCUUAAAGAUUUUAUAAGGUUUGCUAAUAACGAAAAUAAUUGUUUUUAUGCACAUUAAAAAUUAUGCAGCGAUGUUAUAAUGAUGAUGCAAAGACCUGAGUGAAAUCUCACACCAGCAUCUGUGAAUGUUUAGAAGUGGAAUCUAUUUCUAGAGUCAAAAAAACUCUUAAAAACACUGUUUGAAUCAAACUGAACCAUGACGUUUCUAACAAAUUUGUUGUUUAUUGCCCUUGAUCAUUGUUCAUAAUUAUACAUCAGAAAUUUGGUAAUUUGUGAGAAAUCAUCUAUUUUUGUUUUAUCCUAAAUCUUCAACUUUGCUAAUUCUGUCUUCUUUUUUGUGAGCACUUAGAUAUGUGGCUGAUGUACAGAAACUUUGGUGUGAACUCUUGAACACGACAUAGAAGCAUAAUGAAAGUGAAAUUGAAACAAAUUCUGGAGACUUUUUGAAGUGAACCUGUGAAGCACCAUAAAACGAAUUUCAUUGUAACUUGCAAGCAACAUGUCAUGGCAGCUUUAUAUACCUGUGUUCAUGACAUCAGGACCAAAAUUAUAAAUAUUUAUGAUAUGCCUCAUGUCUCUGUCUAUAGCUUAUAAACCAUGAUAGCAAGGGGCAAUGAAAGUAAGAACAUGAAAUGAGUAGUUUUGAAAGGAUGAAAAUUAGUAAGACUGACUACUUGUCCUAUAUACAUAAAUGUAUGAAAAUGAUGUAAAAAUAUCAGAACAUGUUUGUUUUUGCAUGUAGUCUUUCAUGCACAGCUCACUGAGAUUGCUUGCACGGGAAGUGCAUUUUACAAAUUCAGUUAUUAUUGUUAUUAAUAUUGCGUGAGAAUGAGGUAAAAGUGUGGCUGUAAGACUGUAAAAAAUAUCGCAACAAUUGCAGGGAAUUCGGCUUUAUGUGUAAGAUCAAAAGAAUGUGUUUUAUGCAUGUUAAUGUCAGGUUGUAAGAGGCUUGCUGUGGGAGUAAGUGUACCUGCUGCAAGAGCACAAGUGCAUGAUGUCAAAUCAUGAGGGUUGUGUGUGUGUGACUAUUAGUAGACAAGGCUAGCAAUAAGAACAUGAGUACUUGAUUUCAACAUGUUCUCACAUGUGAGAGCACUACAAAAAUGUGGGAUUUAGUCUGCAAGUGAGAAUACAGCUGUGAACUACAAGGGGGCGGGGCCAAUUGUGUUUUACGCCGUGCCAGCAACUGAGGCUAUGUUACGGCAAGGCAGCCAGCCCUGUAAACAGAUGCCACCUGCAGAGAAAGAACAGCGUGCCCGAGACGAGAAAUGAACUCUGGGCAGCCAACCUUCACUGUAUUGGUGACCGUUGCGCCACCGGACUGCUAACUACAAGGGGCAGCCACAUGAAACGUAGAGGAUGCAAAUUUCAGACAUGGAAUUUCACUUAUUGGUCAGUAAUCCCCAUGGUAAGCAAGACACUUCUUCCAUUGGGAAACGAGGUGAUGGGAUGCCCUGUUCAUAAAACACCUUGGGCUGAGAUUGAACCUACUUUCUUUCUCCUGCACCACGAUGGAAAUUUCUUGCCUUUCAGAUGUUGCUUUACUGAAGAUCUGAAAAUUGCAUGGUGACAAAUCUGGGUUAUAGCGUGGGUGAUCCAGUAUUUCCCACUGGAACUGUGCCAGGUUGUCCUUCAUUACAUUUGCCGUAUGAGGUUGUGCAUUACCGUGUCACAAAAUGACACCUUGUUUCAAGAGUCCUGGGCAUUUGUUUUUUAUUUUUGAAUGCAGACAACCAAGAUUGCCUACAUACUGCUCUGUGUUAAUGGUAUGACUGUUCCAAGAAUUCCUCAAGGAAUCCAUGAGCAGGAAUUAUUUGCCCGGCCUCUGUUGCAUUUCAUUUGACUGCCCCUUGUAUUACAAACGUGGUAAUUUGAGAACAAGAUUGAAGAGCUUGUUAAAAUAUAAGUUUUGCUUCAUAAAGUUAUGAAUAUGAGAGAUUGACUGUAAAACUAUUAGUUUUUAAUCAUGGGUAGUACAACAAAACCGUGCUAGCUUGCUUCUUGCGGACUUCACAAGUUAUAGUAUUACCACAGAGGCAUGAACAUUGUUUUUCAUCUGGGUUGAAGGAUAUUGCUUCCUAGUCUAACAAAUCGAAGAGAUUGAAGUCAAUGUUUGGUGAUAAAUUAUACUCCUGUACUUUUUAAGAUAAAGUGUCAGUUUUCUUAUUUGUUUUAAAGUGAAUGCAUUUAUAGAAUACUUAUAUGAAACUUGAAAAUUCAUGAUUUUUUAGCAGUAGCUUAAACUGCAGGUUAUGAGAAACUGGUUGUUCAGUCCCAUUUUCUGUUUGACAUAUCAUGAAAACUUGAUUGUGGUUUGUCCAUUUUUAUCUCAACAUUUUCUAAUGGUCUUUGCAAAAUCAUUUUUCUUUUAAAAACUGGAUAAUUGCAUUUUUGAGAAUACUCAUUUUUGUCAGUUAUUUUAAUCCAGUUAUGUUAGUCAUUAAAAAUCUAAGAGGAGUGUUGGAAUAUGCAUAAUUGAGUGUUUGUAUUUUUUUCAUGUUAGCUUUAGUGUUGACAUGUAUGACUGUAUCUGCAUGUGUUUUUAUCUACUGAAAGAUACUCCACACCCGAAUAUGUGACUAUGUUUCAGUGAAGAAUUCUCUUACAUAGACAUAGUUUUUAUGUGGUUGUCAGGAUUCCUCUAUUUUUAUAGAACAUACAAAGAAUCAAUUUUAGAGUUGACAUUACUGUUUGUCCCUGAGUAUUGUGAUUUCUUACACACAAAAUCUUUAGCUCUCAGGGUCAGUUGCAGGAUCUGUUCUUCACAGUUUUAUGCAUAUUAACAUGGCAGAUUCCACAGCUAUUGCUUCAUUGUAUUUUACGCUAGUUAUUGUAUUUCAAGGCUAACUUAAGAGUAUUACUUUUAGAGCUGCAGUUGUAGUUUUUCCUCUGUUAGUACUAAUAACACUGAAGAUUUCCUACAUUUUAAAAAAGUCAUUCUUUACAAAGCUUGUGAAUACUCUGUUAGGUCUGAAAAAAGCACAGUGUUAUUAACUGCUCCAUCCUUACUGACUACUUAUGCUUUACCUCAUAAUAAACCCAAUCAGCUAGAUGGGAUGUAAAUUUAUUAGUCACUACUCAAUUGUUCCAUGAUGUGUGUGCACAUAUCACUAUUUCUGAAAGGGAGCCAUCAUCGUGUUUUUUUCCUUUCCACUGAUACAUACAAAAUUAUGAUUUCAACUUGUGAAUUAAAUAUUGUCUUAUGCAUCUGCUGUUGAAUGCUUGAAAAACUGUUGAAAUUAAUUUGUGUGCUCUAAAUUUGACUGUGAUCUAGUGACAUUUCUAGUUUUGGUUACUUGGAAAUUUAUAUCAAAUAAGAAAUUCUUGAUGCAUCGUAUAUACAUAUGUAUGCAUUUUUGUGAUUAAUUGCAUCUAACAAUCUUUUAGUUCAUACCAUUGCUACAUUUUUAAUUCCUAAAUCCACAUAAUUUUAUCUCAAAUAUAAAAAGGUCUUUAAAAAUUUGUUUUAGGAUUAGAUUAAGUAGAAACAGAUUUGUUUAUCCUGUAAGAAAAGUGACUUAUUUAUUUUAAGGCAUACCUAAGUGUGUUGCUCUGGGUAUAGAUUUUGGUCAUGACUUGAUAACUUUGAUUAUAAGCUCAGGCUCCCAUUGAAUUCAAGAUCCCCAUACUUUGCUAACAUGUUCAUGGCCUACCCUAAUCUAUGUAUCACCCUACCAGGUCAGUUUGUUCUGCCCACACUGGUGUUCUCACUGUCCCAUGUAUUAGACUUUAGA